AAGAAAAAUCCUUUUUAAAGCCUUGGAAGAACAUGGAUGUGGGGGACCCAACAUGUCAUUGUUUCCCUAAGCAAACCUCAUUUAAAAUUCCUGUUCUACUUUAGAAACUGAAUUUAAUUUUGUGGUCCUCCUUCAAAACAGAUCAACAAGUCUGUAUAUGCCUAGUUAGUGUAGUUCAGGCAUGUGUAGCCAGAAACAUUCCUCUCGGAGUAGGUUUCAAGCACCUAGUGCAGCUAAGAAGACAUGGUGGCCAAACUUUUGAGUGCUUUCAAGAUUUAUCUGCUGAUUUAUAUUUUAUCUAGAGGACAUUUUACAGAAGCUUUACAAGACAUUAGCAAGUACAUAAAACACUAUGAAGGCCUGUCUUAUGACCGAGAGCUCUUAAAACAGCAACACCAGCGCAUCAGACGCGAGACACAUUUGAACAAUCAGGAGCUUCAUCUAGACUUCAACGCCUUUCAAAGGGCAUUCCACCUGCGUCUCAAGCCAGAUGUAAAUGGCUUCACAGAAGAUUUUAAGGUCCAGUCAGAAGAUGAAACUCAGAUGGUGGAUCUCUCUCACAUAUAUUCAGGAGUACUAGAAGAUGACAGUGGAUCCUCAUGUCAAGGUUCUGUUGUUGAGGGUCAGUUUGAAGGCUCUAUCACAACAGCCAAUGGGACGUUCUACGUGGAGCCCACUGACAGAUACGGCACCUCCGACUCUGACCACCAUUCCAUUAUUUAUCAUGAGGAUGAUGUGGACAGCACUCCCUUGAGAGGCGAUCAUGUUGGCUUCUGUGGUGCAGAGCGGCUGCAGCAUCUCAUCCAAAACCACCAAGAGGUACCGGUCUCCAGGUCAAAGCGGAAGGUCGACCAGUCCAAAACCAGCUGUCUUCUGCACCUCCAUGCAGACUACCGCUUUUACAAACGCUUUGGAAGUGUUGAAGCUGUUGUGGCUCAGGUCGCCUCCUACAUGAAAGCAGUAAACGACAUUUAUGACAAAGCCGACUUUGACGGCAUAGAGCUGGUCAACUUCAAAGUGAAAUUCCUCACUGUGAUCACAGAGGAAGAUCCCAGCAGUCCUUUGGGCAAGACUCACAUUGGACCUGAGAAGCUGUUGAGUGUGUUUUCUGAGAUGGACUGGAGCGACUACUGUCUUUCUUAUCUCUUGACUGACAGAGACUUCAGCGGGGUUCUUGGCCUGGCCUGGGAAGGAAAAGCAGAUGACUGGGGAGGAAUCUGCUCUGAGAUGAUCGUGAAGGGUGGUCGCAAUUCCAGCCAUAACACGGGUCUAAUCACCCUCCAGAACUACGGCUACUACCUUUCUCCCAAAUACGUGCAUCUGACCUUUGCCCAUGAAUUGGGCCAUAGCCUUGGAGCCCCUCACGAUGAGGAUUCCGACUGUGGAGGCCUGGAGAUCACUGGUGGCAAAGGAAGGUUCUUGAUGUUCCCUCAAGCCACCUCCAAGAUCGAGGAGAACAGCGACAAGUUCUCCCCUUGCAGCCUGCGGCACACAAGUCACAUUCUGAAUAUCAAGAAGGACAGAUGCUUUGUAGUUAGUGAGCAGCCCAUUUGUGGAAACCGCAUCGUAGAAGAGAAUGAGGAGUGCGAUGUGGGCCACAAUGAAAGCGAUCCAUGCUGCUACAGCUCGAAGGAACCUUCAGGCGUUGAAUGUCGACUGAAGCCCGAAAAACAAUGCAGUCCUAGCCAGGGUCUGUGCUGCAGCUCCCAUUGUGUCUUCAAGGAAGCUGGGCUGAUGUGUGAACGACACUCUGAGUGCCGCAACCAAAGUGUAUGCUCCGGUUCCUCUGCUAUAUGUCCAGAACCUGCCGCCAAGCCCGACAUGACAAUAUGCAAUGAUGACACACGUGUCUGUUUCAACGGAGAAUGUGGCCUGUCUCUCUGCGCAUUGUACGACAUGGUGCAAUGUGACUGCCCGGGAGAGAACAAGAUGGAGAAGUGCCACAUGUGCUGCCAGCAGAGAGAUAAACCUAAUACCUGCGCAAGCACCACUUCUUCGGUUCUUCUGCACUACUUUAGCGGGAAACGUGUCGCUUUGGUUCCUGGAUCACCCUGCUCUGGAAACAGAGGCUACUGCGACAGGUUUAAAGUCUGCCGAAUCCUAGAUGUGGACGGCCCGAUUGCAAGGCUCAAAAAUUCUUUCCUCAAAUUGGAUGAGUUCGAUGACCUGGCCGGUUGGAUGAAGGCACAUUGGUGGGCAAUUCUUUUGGCUAUUCUCGCUAUUUCAGGAGUAAUGGCUGGGACUAUCUGUGUUUUUGGACAGCCCCUUGAGAUUGAUGAUGACCGGUAAACAUCUCUCCAUCUGGGGCCUUCCAACUGGCAAGAAACCCCUGCAAGCAAGAAAACAUUGCUUUUGAGGCAACUUAUGAAUGUUCAAAACAUCUGACUGAUCAUUGAAGGCUGGCCAGAUGCACAGUUGAGAGUCAUGCACAGCAUCUGUCCAAACAUGAUUUGAGUUUACACACCAUUGGUCUUUAGAAAGUUAUUUUAACUCCAGUGCUGAUUUGAGCAUUGAAUAUUCUCCAGCUUUCCAACUAUAAAGCAUUGCUCUCAAUAACUUUGUACACAAUGUCGCCUACAUUUAUUUCAGAGAAAUUCAAGAACACAUUCUAAUUUUGUCUCUGCGUAUUUGGUUCCUCCAGAAAUCACAGGUUGAAAACAAUAUCAGCAAGGUCAAAAAUUUGUGUUUUACAAACUCUUGGGUAUGAUGAGUGAUAUCGCGACACCAGUUUGUUUGUGUUGCUGGAUUUACUUUCACGAUUUUAUCUCUUCGUGUUGUCCUUGGGGUGGUUACCAUGAUAAACACAGAGAACUAAGUGACAUUUAAGCUUGUAUGGGAUAAAAAAGUUCAAAAACUAUUUAAUAGGAAAUGAAAUUGAAAUUAAAUUUGUAAAUUAAUUUAUAUGAUUAUAAUGUGCUCUAAGAAAUGCAAAAAAGUAAAUU